AUGAAUAAUACUAUCAACAUAAAGACAAACAGUCCUAAUAAUAAUAAUAACAAUACGUCGUGUUUUUCAAAUCAAAACGUCGGUUCCCCCGGCGCUGGCCGUACCUUUUCGCCACCGUCACCGUAUACACCUACAUCUAUCCAUCAUCGAGAUAUGAGAAGACACUGUACAACUAUGACACCUAACCCACACUCAUCACCGGGAUCCGCCAAUAUAUUUGCCGCCGCGGGUCUCGAUGCAGCCACCGUUGAACUACACGACCUGAGCAGCCGAAAUCAGGCCAACAUUAAGCCAGACAUGUCGUCUAUGGCAUACCAUCACCAUAUGAUGCAGAGUCGACAGCAUCAUUCAUCAGAGAUGCAUGAGUUCCUUACCGCUGAUCCCAUGUCGUCAGCGCUGGGCUUAGCGGCCCAGGCAUCUGAUGUCUCCCAUCAUCCGGGAUCGUCAUCCAGCGCUCAAUUACACGCACCUUCCGCUCUCUAUACGGCUCACACACAUCACCACAACCCUAUGAAUGUCAAUGGUAUGAUUCCUGGCCUACAUCAUCAUCCGAGUGCAUCGCAACUGACUAGUCAUCAGAUCCAGAAUCCGUUUCAUCAUCACCCGCACCAUCAUCCACAUCAUCACAGUUCAUUUGUGGCCACAUCGCCCCAUCACGUGGCCGCCGACCCGUCACUAUUAGAUGCCGAUCCACGAGAGCUCGAGGCCUUUGCUGAAAGGUUUAAACAAAGGCGUAUCAAACUUGGCGUCACUCAGGCCGACGUCGGCAAAGCUUUGGCCAAUUUGAAGCUUCCGGGCGUCGGCUCACUCUCGCAGAGUACUAUAUGCCGUUUUGAAUCGCUAACACUGUCCCACAACAAUAUGGUGGCACUGAAACCGAUACUACAGGCCUGGCUGGAGGCGGCCGAAGCUCAGGCCCGCAAAAAUCGUAACAACGGCCGAGACGGAGAUCUUUGUGUACUACCGUCGAGUGAUAARAAACGAAAGCGUACGUCGAUUGCUGCCCCAGAAAAACGGUCGCUCGAGGCMUACUUCUCUGUACAGCCGCGACCGUCGGGCGAAAAAAUUGCGGCCAUCGCCGAAAAGUUGGACCUCAAGAAAAACGUGGUCCGCGUCUGGUUUUGCAAUCAAAGACAAAAACAAAAACGUAUGAAAUACUCGGCAGUGAACGGACCGGGAGGUCAAACACAGUAA